AACACCACACACGAAAGAACGACCCCAAAAUUCAAUUUUCAUUAUCAUUUCAUUUCAUUAGUUGAAUAAAAAAGUCAUAAAUAUUCGUGCAAAUCUCGCUCACCCUUUUAUAAUUGCCGGUGUUCACAUAUUCAAACCCAGAUCACAAUCCUCAUCUUUCAGAUCUGCUCAUCAUAUUCUCAAUCCAUUCGUACUCGCACACAAUUCGAAUUUACUCAGGUCUCAGAGUAUACCACAUUUUCCCUUUCCCUUUCCCUUUCCCUUUCCCUUUCCCUUCCAUUCCCUACCAACCCCACACACAUUUGACUCUUCCUUCGUAAUCUCCGUCCAUUCCCUUUCCUUCUUUCUAUAUAUACCCAUUUCCCUCUCAUUCCACUAUGUUUAUCUCUAUACUUAUCUUCAUCAACAAUGGACGGAAACUCUCCUCUCCGCAAUAGGAAACCAUCUAUUAACGGUAACGGUAACGGGUAUCAGUACGUUAACGAGAAAGGGAACGGUCACGGAAGCGGGGAUAUGACGGCGAUGAAGGGGAAGAAGACUGGGGUGAAAGGGAUGCUUGAGACGGCGUCGUUUUUGAAAUGGGGAUACAGUGAUAUCAUUGGUGCGCUGAAAAAUCAUCCAAUGCCAUGUUUUUUUGGGGUGACGUUGUUGUUUUUUAUGGGGGUUGAGUAUACUUUACGUAUGGUUCCAAGUAGUUCUCCGCCGUUGGAUGUAGGAUUUGUCGUUACUCGUUGGCUUAAUCGUAUCCUUACUUCUAGCCCUUCUCUCAAUACUUUACUCGCCGCCCUUAAUACGGUGUUUGUGGGGAUGCAAACCGUAUAUAUAUUGUGGGUAUUUCUUGUGGAAGGAAGAUUGAGACCUGGACUUGCUGCCUUGUUUAUGUUCACUUGUAGAGGAAUUCUUGGUUACUCCACUCAACUACCUUUGCCUCAGGAAUUCUUGGGUUCAGGAGCUGAUUUUCCGGUAGGAAACGUUUCUUUCUUUUUAUUCUAUUCUGGACAUGUUGCGGGCUCUGUGAUAGCAUCUAUGGACAUGAGACGUAUGCAAAGAAACGAGUUAGCUUGGACGUUUGAUUUUCUUAACGUCUUGCAAGUGGUUAGGCUUCUCGGAACAAGGGGUCAUUAUACCAUUGAUCUUGCUGUUGGUGUAGGAGCUGGAAUGUUAUUCGACUCUCUUGCGGGGAAGUAUGAGAAGAGCCGGGUUAUCUCAGUGACAUCUGCCCCUGGAAUGACAAUGUACUCUCCGUUAAAGUAGAUAAAGAGCGAGAAUGCACGGGGAAUGAGUAGGUCAAGUAGAGGCACGCACAAAAUAGGUAACAUGAAGGUGGGUGGCUCGAGUUCUGGCUUAUUUACGAUCAAAUCUAAGUUGUAAAUGAUCGAUUAAUGCUCAAUUCAGAGGUUUCUUUCAUCCAUAUUUUUGAAUCAUUCUUCGUUUGUUCCAUAUCUCUUGAAAGAUUUCUCUAUACACAUUCCGAGAUUGGAUGUGCUCUGUUCUGUUGUCUAGUUAAACUAGAAUAGAUUAGGAAAAAGCAUUUGUGCCGUAACUUUGGAUAAAUGCAGACACCUCGUAUCA